GCGGGCGCUGCUGCUCGGGGCUUGGCCGCGGGUGGGGGACAGGUGGCGGCGGCUCCGGGGGCGCGGCGGGGUCGCAUCGCAGCCGGCGCGGGCGCAGACCGCGGCAGCCUCCCCCGGGGGUACGGGCGAGAGACCGGCGGCUCCUCUCUGCCGCUGCCUGGAGCCUGCGGUUUAAAUAGAGGCUGUGUUUUGUCAACAGCUCAUUCUGCUGGCCGGCAGGUUGGUUCAAGGACUGAACUGCGGGUACCCAAUGUGACUGCCCAGUUCAGCAUUCGGCUCUCCCAUACUGAAGACUAAGGACCGAGCCUCUCACAGGCUCCUGCAGCUGGGCUCCUGCUAACAGUGCAAAUUUAGGUUUCCCAUUGCUCCCACCUUCUCCCCCCGUGCCUGGGCACCUCACUCUGCAGCCACCAGACUGACCAUUGAGAAUUGUCGCACGUCUCUUGUUCCCGCAGUCGGACUUGCUCAGCACUUUGGAAACAAUAGCUGCUUCAUUGCUGAGUUGUGAAACAAAAAAGUUAAACAUAUCAGCAACAAUGCAUGAAAAAUGUGAUGAACAGCCUUCCACAGGAAGAGAUUUUUCCAUGCCAGUGUAACUGACCAGCUUGUUGGAAGAUGACAUUUAUUCCUGCUUGAAGCUGCUGUUCUGAAAACAAACAGUAGAAGAAUGUGGAAGAAUUCAAGCCUCCGCUGCCUUUUAGCGCUAGCUAUUUUAUGUUUAAGAAGCUUAAUAUGUAGCCAAGAGAUAGGUUCUCUGGGCCACGCCCAGAAUUUGAAAUGUUUAACGCACAAUUUACGUAAAAUGAUCUGUACUUGGGAUGUCUCUUCUAAAGGAAGACAUGGACAAACUGACUUUUGCUACACUACCAAUGACCUCCUCCCUGCAGUGUGUCUUAAAACUAAGGAGAAAAGGGUUGAGAUUCCAGUCCCAGAGAGCUCUGCCACAGUGACAAUAACCACAAACAGCAUUUCUGGAACUGCUUUCGCUACCAAAGAAUUUGAAAUUCACAAGACAGACAUCUCAUUUGUUCCUCUCACUCCACGUAUUCUUAGUUUAACACCUGACUUUUCAACUUCCACAUUAAAUCUGAAGUGGAUUGAUAAUGGAUCAGUCUUCCCGUAUGGACUGGAUGCCUUUUGGCAGAUUCAGAUACUCCGUAAAGAAGUAAUGGAAAAAGUCACACAAGUAACUUACUAUUCAAAACUGACUCAUGAAGACAUCAUUCUUUCUUGGAACUGGAGAUCAGAUAUGCCUUUGGAAUGUACAUCACAUUAUGUGAAGAUUCGCUGUUAUAUUAAUGUAACACAGUUUGUUGGCCCCAAGGAUUGGAGUGACUGGAGCCCAGUAGAAGAGGUCCCUGGAAAAGAUACCGAGCCCAAUGUGAGUGGGGUGUUUCCUCAGGACACCGUGGUGGCAGUAGGUUCAGAUGUGACAAUUUGUUGUGUCCAUCAAGAAGGACGGCAGAUAAAACAGAUGAAGUAUGAACGAGAAAUAUACCCAAUGAUACAUCUGAGCAGUCGGAGCAGUGCAAUCAGAGUGCUAAAUGCCAGUGCUUCACAUGCCAGUGGGACAAAUGUAGUGUGCGAACUGUCCGAAGGUGAUAUGGAUGGAACUGUCUUGUUUGUAGGAUAUGCCCCUGAUAUUCCCCAAAACCUCAGCUGCGAAACAUCCAACUUCCUGAUAAUAAAAUGCACCUGGAAACCAGGCAGACCCAGUGGACUAUAUGGAGAACGAAAAACAAAGUACAGUUUAUUUGAAAGAAUAUCUGUUAAAAAUGUUUCAUGCGAAGUCAAUGAAAUGAACAGAGAGCGUGCCUGUGACUUUCCAGUACUGGCUGAUCAAAAAACCUAUGAUUUCCUAUUAGGCGUCUUCAAUCCUAUCGGGCGAACAGAGUCAUCACUUCUGGUUGAUUUAAAUCAAAGAGUUCAUCCAAAAGCUCCAGAAAAGUUAACUGUUUCUGGGAACAGUUCUACAAGCGUCCAUCUGCAUUGGUUUAUAAAUGGCAGCUUUGCUGAGAUCAGACUUCUGUGUCAAAUUGAAAUUAGCAGUGGUCACUCUGAGCGAAAAUGGCACAAUGUUUCCAUGCCUGGAGGAAAGUUCUCCACUUACACAGCUCAGCUGAACACAUUGCAUCCUUAUACCAAAUACCAGUUCAGGGUGCGCUGUGCAGCUGCUGACCACUUCUGGAGGUGGAGUGACUGGAGCAGGAUAGAAGAGCACACAACAUUGGAAGCCCCUCCUGCAAGAGGUCCAGAUAUCUGGAGAGAGAGAAGUCCUUCUGGAAAAAGUCUAAAAAUCUUCUGGAAGCCUUUAUCCCUUUCUGAAGCCAAUGGAAAAAUAGUGUCUCAUGAAGUGUCCUGCUACCUGCUAGAGACACCACUGGAGUCCAAAGAAGUCACCGAACCCUCAAACAGUACUGAGAUAAAACUUGGAAAAAAUGACUGUGUAAUUAGUGUUGUAGCUAAAAACCACGCAGGCUCGUCUCCUCCUUCGAGGAUAACAAGCGUGGAACUUCCAAGCGACAAUGUCAAAACAGAUCGGGCCGUGGCAAUGGGGAAUGGAAUUUAUAUUUCUUGGAAUUCUUACCCCAACAUGACCUGUGGCUACAUAGUAAAAUGGUGUCAUUCAUCUGGGUCUGAACCCUGCAGUGUGGACUGGCAGAAAUUUCCUUUAAAUACAACAGAUGCAGUGAUAAAGUCUGCUCUGUUUAGACCUGGUGUGAGAUACAACUUUUCACUUUAUGGCUGCAAAACCAGUGGAUAUCAGUUGUUGAAAAACAUAACUGGGUAUAUGAAAGAGCUGCCUCCAAAGCGUGCACCAAAUUUUACUGUAGAAGAAACUUCUUCAGAUUCUAUAUUGGUAAAAUGGGAAGACAUUCCUAUUGAAGAUUGUCAGGGGUUUAUAGAGGGUUAUCGUCUUUCCUUUGCAAAAGGUGAAAAAAAUGCUUUAAAGCCUAGGCUUUCGGAACCAGGGAAUCCAGAACUUAAAGUUAAGAAUAUCACUGACUUAACGAAGAAGUCUUUGAAAAUACUUGAUCUUCAAGGCAAAACAAGUUACCAACUGGACCUACAAGCCUACACUGCUGGUGGGUUGAGCCCUCCAAACAGCCUCUAUGUGGUGACAAAGGAAGACUCUGUAGGAUUAAUCAUUGCAAUUCUCAUCCCCGUGGCAGUGGUUGUGCUGCUUGGAGUGGUGGCCAGCAUCUUCUGCUACCGAAAGAGGGAAUGGAUUAAAGAAACAUUUUAUCCGGAGAUCCCGAAUCCUGAGAACAGUAAGGCACUGCAGUUUCAGAAGAACAUCUGUGAGGGAAAUAAGACCCUUAAAACACUGGAAAUGAACCCAUGCACCCCCAAUAGUGUUGAAGUGGUGGAAACACGGUCUGCAGCUCCCAAGAUUGAAGACACAGAGAUGAUGUCCCCAGCAGCAGACACCACUGUGCCUGAAGAUGGCUCUGACUCGGAAACGGAGAACCACGUGGUUGUGUCCUACUGCCCCCCUAUCAUUGAAGAGGAAAUCUCAAAUACCCCUAUGGAUGAACCUGUGGGAUCAUCUCAGGUGGUUUACAUCGACAUCCAGUCAAUGUAUCAGCCUCAAACUAAAUCAGAGGAAGAGCCAGAAAUAGACUUAGUGACUACAGCAGGCUAUAAGCCACAAAUGCAGCUGCCUAUCAGUGCUCUGAAAAUAGAGAGUCACUCACCUGCAGAAGAAGAAUUAGAUAAAACCGCAGGUUACAGACCUCAAGCAAACACAAAUGCCUGGAAUGUGGACACUCCAGACUCCCCUGGAUCAGUUGAAAGCAACAAUGAAAAUGGAUCUUUUGGGAGCCCAUGCUCCAUUAAUUCUCGACAGUUUCUGCUUCCCCCAAAAGAUGAUGAAGACUCUCCCAAACCUAGUAACAUAGGGUGGUCCUUUACACACUUUUUUCAGAACAAACCAAAUGAUUAACAGCCAGUCCUCAUCACACCUAAACCUGCCUUCUACAUAAGCUCUUAUUCCUGAUGUUGUCAAGAAAGGAAGAAGAAAACUGCAAAAGGCAUGAAUUAUUCUUGGAGACAGUCAGCAGAGGUUCUAGUGAGCUGAAUGUUACCACGUUUAAGUUAGCGAAAAGUGUUAAUGUUCCAUUUUAAUAGAGGCCGAGAGGCCUAAGUAUAGCAAUUUAGUUAUUACUCUAGUAAAAUAUAUUGGAUAUAAGAGGUAUCGAGUUUAGAGCUCCUGAUAAUCAUAGUCAAAGAACUCUGCCUACCUUCACAUAGUGCUCCAAGAUUAAUAUGGUCUCAUGCAACUUAUGACUUGGGAAGAUUGCUUUGCUUUGUUGUAGUUGUUCUCAACUGUGCAUACACAAGUGAUGCAGCCCCAACAGGUUUCCUUACUGAAGGUUUCGUUUAUCACAAACCUCAGCUUAACACGUGGAAACAAUAUGGUUGGAAACUCUUGAGUUCUUUUAGCUAGUUAUAAACUAAGAACAAAUGAGAGUGCUAUUUUUUUUUUUCUUCUCCCAUACGGAAGGGUAUUGUCACUGUUUAACACUUCUGAAGCAAUGGCCAUUCAAAUCUGUUGCUUUUUAACUAGACACUAGUUUCUGUACCUACUGUACAAUGUUUAUUCAAUGUUUGACUCAGGGGUACAAACUUGGGGAAAAAAAGUGUAACACUGAUUUAAACCUCAACAAGAACUGCAUAAAGUUAAAAACUUUUUUUUUUUUAACUUAGAAUGCUCUAUAUUUUUUCUAUCCUUUGUUUAAGGAGUUAAAUCUUUCCUAAUGUAUUGCACUAAUGCAUUUUGUAUUUCAUAGCUUCAGCUCCAGAUGUCCUGCUUCAAAGUGGUACAAUACUCCAUUCACCCGCAGUGUUCAGCAGUCUUUGCACUAUACAGUAAUGUAAGCCAUGGGGAAAUCUCUGUCUACUAACAUUAGCUGCCCAAGCAGUUUGGCACACAAAAUUAGAGGUAGUAGUACUAGCUCCUUGAGAACAAAUUGCUCUUUGGAUGGUCUUUAUUGUAUUAGCUUUGCCACUUGCUGCCUGGCUGUUCUCCAGUGCCUACUCAGCAGGACUUUCUCUACAAAUCCUACCUGGGAGUACAAGGUGGGAUUUUGUUGCUGCGGGGAGAAAUCCAAGGAGGUUUUAGUGCCGCUAAUUCUACCUCUCCUUUACCAGACAUGUGAUGCAAAGAAAGCUUAAAUAAUGUACAUUUGUGUGCUUAAAGGAGUGUUCAGAACAAUCAUCUUUGAAAAUGUUUGUUUUCACAUACGCAUCUCUAGGCAGCUGCAAUUGUAACACUUCACUGUUUAAACUUCAGACUGUGGCACGCAUGAAUUUCACUAGCUUACAGGAGAAAGUACUUUCUACCUUACCUGUUCCUUACUGCAAAACACAGUGGUGAGAGGUCAAAUGUUAGAGCUUCAUCAAAAAGGGUGUCCAUAAAGUCCUAACUGAAUCUUUUUUUUUUUAGAUUUCAAUUUCCUUAGCUACUUUGUGGGUUUUUGAGUAAAUAAGAUGGGGAAGUGUUUUUCUAUACAAGAUCCCAAAACAGAUAAGGAGGCUGAAUUGGCUAAGCUGCUAGUUGUAAAGGUGUGAGAGCCGACCAGGAGGACAGCUAGCUUGACAAACAUUUGGUCUCCAAACCACAUGAUCUGGCCAUCAAAAUAAAACCAAACGUUAGGUUAAACCUUAUUGCAGCAACAGAUGGUGCAGUUUCAGAUGUUGGUAUGUCUCCGCCAUCUCCAUAAAAUGAAAAUACAGAGGGAUUUCAAAACUGACAAAAAGGCAAAACACUAAACAGCAUGCAAAUCAUCAUCAGUAACAACUACCUGUGUGUGUCUCCUGGAAGAGUGAACUGUGAAGGCAGUAAAAAUAGAUCUGUCUGCAGACCUGACAAAGUGCAAAUUGUGUCUGGAAGAACAGAAAGUGCAGAUACGAUUCUGUUUUUGAGGUUGAAUCUUGGAAUUAGCAGAGCUAUGAGUGAAAAGACAGACAGACAGUGCAAAGAGCUGGUGUCCAUCUGUCACCAGACAUCACCACAAGAGAAAGUUUCAUGCCUACUCUAUUACUGCCUGUUAUUCAGAACACUAACAUAUAAAAGGAAGCAGUUGUGCCCUUUGUGCUUGCUAGCUGGGAGGUGGCUAAAUCCUAACAGUAUCAACUCUUUCUCACAAUGUCUUUUAGAGCUGAUUUCUUUUUCACUAGUGGAGAUUUGGCUUAAUGUGUUUAUCUCCUAAGAUGACUUUUAGAUUGUGCUGCCAUAUGCUUUUAAUUGAAAGCAGAAGAUUUCAUGGACAGAGGGUAUGGGUAGUGGUUUGGGUUUUUUAUGGAGCAGUUUCUCAAUGCAGAGAAGCAAUUAGUAUUGUGUGGUGAUCCAAACAAAAAACCCCCUCUGUAGCAGAACAGCUGAUCAUAAGGAAUAACUGUGCUUUCAUAUGGCUGUGUAUUGCAAGUAACAAAAUCAAACUGAAGUUUGAGAUUACUAGCAAUUUUUAGUUUGGCAGACUGGAAGCCAGGGCAGCUGCAGAGAAGUUGCAGGGAGCAGCCUAACAGCCUUCGCAGUGCUCCUGUGGUGAAUCACUUAAACACAAGCAUCAGAUACUCAGGUUUUAUUUUGUGCUGUUCUUCCUAUUCAGUAAAGGCAACAGCAUUUUAAAUUGCUUCAUUUCUUAGUGAUUAGGUAGGGGGAAAGGAGUGCACAUCAUCUUGUAUCAGUAGCAGAAGAGUGGGGCAAAUGGGGAGAGACACAGGCUUGUGCACUGUAUGUAGCAUCAUUUACUGUUGCUUAAUGGUUAUGAACCAGUAAGCAGUUUUCAUUCCAGCACGUGAAAGCUCCCCUGCUUCACCUCAGUGGUUUCCUUUGAGCCUAUUCAGUACUGCUAGUGAGGACACCUUUCAAAUGCCUAUCUUAAAUCUUCAGCAGCGAAUCCAAAUACCAGAUGGGUAGUGAGAGGUUGUGUGCUACUUUAUUCAUCAUGUGAAGACCCCCCUAGGUGCAUGGAGCAGUAAGAAUGAGUGACAAGGACUGUCAGGGAACGGACUUGCUUUCUGAGCCCAAGUGCCAAGUUAAACCAGUAAAGCGUCUUUAGGAAUGUCUUCAUACCAAAUUCACUUUCAAAGCACUGUGCUAUUUAGCCUCUAACUACACUGAUAACAAUUCUAAGACUAAAACUUUGGGCUUCAAAGGGGAUCAGACUCCUUGUACUGGCGCCUUCGGGCUUCCUGGUGAGCCUCUUCAGUCAAAUUGUUUCUGAAAAACGUCUUAGGAAACUUAAAGUACUGCAUUUCAUAGCCAUCAUUUUCUGAAAGAUCUUAGUCCUUUAUUGAACAUCUAUUUUGUUUUAGUUCUUUUUUUGCUUUUCUUCUAGAAGAAUAGAAAGUUCAGCUUUUUAACAAAACAACUUCCAGAAGGGAUAUGACCAGAAGGGAUUGUGCUCAAAACCCUGUUACUCCUAACUCAGUACUUCAAUCCUCCUGUUGGAUCAGUGUUGAGAAAUGUAGGGUGUUAAUGCCAAGCAAUUCCUUUCUGAAGCAAAUUAUCGGUGCUGCUGCUUUUUAUUUUUGAGCCAUGCCUGUCAUAUGUGACAAUUUGGGGUUUGUAAUGGGUUUUUGUACUGUUCACUGUACGCGUGGAACAUCAGUCAUGUUUGAUGUAACAUCGUGCACUCUCCUAUUUGACACAUUAAUUAUUUUUGUUGUUCUGACAUGCAGGGGGAUAUGGGAUCUUGGUUUUGUGUGUUAAAUUUUGAGAUGGUAGAUCUGCAUGUGAUAUACCUCACAGAACUACUAAUUAAUAUAUCAACAAAAUAGUAAGCUAAUAUUACAGGCAGGCAGUGAAUUACCUCCCUGCUAUGCAGUGGCUGCAUAGGCAGACUUAGGACCCAAUGACUGAUAUUUGCUGUGGUAGCUGUCUAUAUUACCUGUAGUUGCUGCUUUCAUGGAUAAACCAUUUCCAAAGGGAACCAGUAGCCGUGUUAUCCGUCACGGCACAAUCGGCAAAUGUGCCGUGUUUCUUCAUCUUUGAUUUAUGUGGGGGACCAGAGCUUUCCUCUGCUGGGAACACAGCAGCAGCAAGCUCCUGAUGACCUUGAGUUUUAGGCUGCUCUGAAGAGGCACGUUCAAGCCGCAUUUUGGGGGUUUUUUGAUAUGUUCAGCUGGGUAAAGCUGUGGUGUUUCCUGUGAUCUUGUCCUCUAGGACACUCAGUUGAACAUGAAUAGUAGCAAAAAUGAAGGCAAUUGGAUGCAUUGGAGUGAGAAGGUGUUUAGACAUCACUCUGAAAAGGCAAUGAGAAAUCGUGUGCUCUAUUUUUAGACAAAUACUGUUUUGUAAAUAGAAUAUUUGUAUACCUACAAGUAGAUAGAAAUAUAGUAAAAGAAUUUGAAAUACAUAGAAAAAAUGUAACAUUUGAAGAAUCAGAUUGCUAACAAGGCUCCGUGUACCAUAAAUCUAUCAAGAGCUUCCUAUGUAAAUAGCAUCUUCUGUUCUGCCACAGACUUUCAUGAAGACUUCAGUGCAAAUGGCAUUGGUAUUUUUAACACUAAGAAAAGUGUUAACCCCUUAUGCACAUAUGUGCUAACAUCAUUAUGUGCCUAGGUGCAUAUUGCAGAGGAAGUUGGCUUGUAAUUCCCAAAGUGAUUUUUUUGGAGCCCUGUACUUGAAUAUAUGCCUUCUGAGAUGCAGUUUCGUCUGGAGGAAACAGCUGCACUCCUCCCUGCACUUGAGUUUGUGCAUUAAGCAGUGCCCUGAGUGGCUGAUGCUCAGAGAUGCUGUUGGCAGUUUGCAAGAUUUGUUGUUGGCUUUUUCUUUGCCUUUUCCUUAGCAAGCCUGGAAACACAGAUCCAGACCCCAAAUGCCCCAGAUUCAGAAAUGUUGGAGUGUUUAAAAACUGAUUUCCUCAUGCUUAGGCCUGUCUUAAAUUUUUAAGUAUGUCCUUAGAAGCUGGAAAACAGUUUCUUCCGUAACAAUUUUCUUUCCUCUCCUCCCUCAUUUAUAUAACUCUGGAUUUUCCCCAGUGUUUCUCAGAUAGCCAGUGUUUGUUUCCUUUUUGCAUGUUAUGCAAACAAACCUCAGAUGAUACUGGCAGGGGUUUCUGUAACUUUACAAGUUGUCCCAGGGUGCAUGACAAUACUUUUUCCCCCACAAAAAAUGUCUAUUAAUUCCUUCUGCUUUUUCAACAAAAAAGUCUCCAGAGAACUUUUCUGUGUCAGAGGCAGGGGCUCAGCAGGUGAGUUCGUCUAAUGGCAUGGUGCUGCUGCGUGAGAGGAUGGGGUUAAUCCCUCCCCAGCCUCACCCUCUCCUUAUGCCAGAGCUCCCCGGGUGACUUUGUGGUGCAGCAGAGCAGAUGACAUCCUUAUUUUUUAAUGUGAUACCUAACAGAAUCUCUAGGUAGGUUUUUGGACGAUCCCAAAUCUGCACUUCGACUGUUGUAACAUGAAAGCAAGCUGCAGUGGAAGUGUAUGUACAACUUCCACAAGAAGGUUCAAUACCAUUGCAACUCAUUUGGUCUUGUGAAAAAUGUAGUGAGUAAAACUUACCCAGGGACAAAGGAAAAAUUGAAAUGUUCUUAUUUUCAUUAUUUGGGCUGAGGAAAAUUCAAAAAAAGAAAUAGCUCAAGCAAGGCAAAGUAAAAUAGGAACAGCCAAGGCUUCACACAACAAAAAGGGAAUCCUUGAACAUCACUUUGUCGGUUUCCUUAAUGUCGUUCAAGAGUGGCUUACGAUGAACAACGCUUUAUGCUUCAUAGCAUGUCAGAAAAGUUUGUAAAGCAGGGGAUAGCAAAAAAAAGAAGAUAACUGAAUCGACUUGUGUAUGAAAUCCUACUCAAAGGUAACAGUAAUUUGAACUUUGAUCCUGUUGUGGCACACAAAACAGCGGAGCUGCUGGAGUCAUACAGGUCACCUGAAAAAAAAAAAAGAAACACAUUGUACUAUAAUGCUGUAACUUUUGAAAUAUAAACUGUGAACCGGUUCAAUGGUUUUUUUAGCUCUUUUUAUACCAUAUGUUUUACAGCCUAAAUAGUUUGUUUAGACAUGUUUUUAUGUUCUGUUUUUACAAAGAUUUUAAUGGACUUUUGUUUAAUACUAGUGAAAAUAUUGAUUGCCAAUUUGAAAUAGUCAUCUAUAGAAAUUGAGAAUAAAAUCAAUAAAUCAAGCUGAAAAAAUAGUCUACCUAACACACUAAACCUAAUCAGUCAUUUAACGUAUUUCUGUUGCUGAAUGAUACUGAAGUUUUCCAGCUUCCAAAUCUGCUAUUGAAAAAAUAUUUCUUUCACAAUUUGAGCAAAAUCAUCACAAGGCACUUUAAUGAAGUUGUAGCAUACCAAGUAAAAUACUGACUCAACAAACUGUAUCAACAUGAAAAUGUAUUAGCUAAGCAGUUAAACAAAUGCAUGCUUGAAAAAGGAAGCGUGGGAUCAUGGGGAAAUAAUAUUCCACUGUGGCAGAUGACAUUUAAGACUAACCUAACACUAAGAUACCAACUUUGCAUAUGUUUUAAACCUAGUUUGCUUGGCUGUUGUAACUCUUGUUGUAUUGCUUGGGUGUCUAAAAAUACGCAUGUAUUUAACAAUUUUACCAUAGUAUUGCCAUGGAAUUUAAUAAAUAUAUUUUCUUACACUCUUA